GCCCCGCCGCGCCGCCGCUCUCAAUGGGAGCGGGCAGGCGGCGGGGCUGAGCUCGGCCGUGCUGCGGGGAUGUCGCAGGGUCCGCCGGGCGCGGGGCAGCUCAAUGACCUCCCCGACCACUCUCCGCGGGUGCGCAGCGCCGUGUCCGAGCUGCGGCGGCGGGCGGAGGCAGAGCCCGGCCAGCGCUGGUCGCAGCCGCUCUCCGAUGCCUUCCUGGUGCGGUUCCUGCGCGCCCGGGACUUCCACCUGGACCUGGCCUGGAGGUUAUUGAAGAAUUAUCAGAAGUGGAGAAUUGAAUGCCCAGAAAUAAGUGCAGAUUUACAACCAUCUUCUGUUCUUGGUCUUCUGCAAGCUGGCUAUCACGGAGUCCUAAAAUCAAGAGACCCACACGGAAGCAAAGUUCUAAUAUACAGAAUUGGACAAUGGGAUCCCAGUUUAUUUACAGCAUAUGAUGUGUUUCGUGUAAGCCUCAUCACAUCUGAACUCAUUGUAAAGGAGAUUGAGACUCAGCGAAAUGGAGUCAAGGCCAUCUUUGACCUUCAAGGGUGGAGAUUUGCUCAUGCUUUUCAAAUCAGUCCAGCUGUGGCCAAGAAAAUUGCUGCUGUUCUCACAGAUUCCUUUCCACUGAAAGUUCGAGGUAUCCACUUGAUUAAUGAGCCUUUAUUCUUCCACCCAGUCUUCGCUCUAAUUAAGCCUUUUCUCACUGAAAAAAUAAAGCAACGGGUGUAUAUGCAUGGAAAUAACUACUUGCAGAGUCUGACUGAACACUUCCCCGUCAGCAUUCUCCCACAGGAAUAUGGGGGGGAGGAAGUCUCCAUUGAAGAGCUGGCCAAGGAAUGGACUGACUUCAUAAUGGCAUCUGCAGAUUAUCUUCAGAGCAUUUCUCUGGUUGCCUGGGAAUAACCUUAAUACAGUAUUUUAUCAAUUCUUGAACACUGGAAUUGGAAAUAAGUUUAAGGUGAAAACUUCCAUUGUGAAUGAAACCAGCAUGUCUUUGCAGGGCACUGAAUGUUACACUGGGUGCACUUUUACACUAACUGGAGUCUAUCAGUGUGUAUGUCUGAAGAGAUGAAUGAAUUUUAGAUAUCUGUAGCACUGGUUGUAAUUGAGUACCUUGUAUGUCAGAAAGCUGAAGAGUGCAUUGGAUAUCAGAUUGAUACUACUCUGUUAAGUCUUUGGAGAUAACUCGUCUGUAAUAAUGCAGUCCAGAACCUUACACUUAGCUCUUGUAUCUUUGGCUUGUCAAGACAAUAGGAUACAAAACAAAGAACAGACUGUGAAUAGGGUAGAGUAGUUUGUCGCAGAAAUAAGACUACAAGGCUAAUUUACAAGGAGUGAAGAGGUUGCUUUUUGGAUUGAUUCUCAGGAAAAAAUGCUCUUUUGUUAGUUUGCAUCAAAUUGAAAAUUAGCCAGCAAUAGUGAGAUACUUGUGUUACUCUGUGCUGAUUGUGCAGCUUCUGGUUUUGUGCUAAUUAACAGAAUAAUCUUCAAGUUUUAUAGAGAAAACACUAUGUGCGUAUUCAAAGGACAGUGUGAAUCUGAGGGAGGAACUGGUAAGAUAGUCAAAACAACCUUGAAAAUUCUUAUUUUCUUUCUUCAAAGUGAUACUGUCUAUGGACAACUAUAAGAAACUCAGAUUAUUAUCAACUUUAAUCCCUAGUGUAGAGGACUAGAGAGGUCAAAAGCUUUCAGCUGUUUGCAUUAUCUGUUUCAGAGGGUAAAGUAGGUUAUCCUUUAUGGAUCUGAACUUUAGAAAUAUCUGUUGUUUAAGGGUGCUUGGAGGUCACUUUGGACCUCAGCAUAGGAGGUGCUUGGUAUCUUCAUUUUAUUUUCAGAACAGUAAUUGACAACUUGUCAGUCUAUGUGCUGUUGAGCACUGGAAGAAAUUACUUUUAAUUUCCAUUUAGACUGCUUCUUCAUUACUAUAGGGG